AUGGCCAACAAGAAGAGCAAAGCCAGGACGAAGGUGCGGGACGUGGAUACGGUGGGCGGAGAGAGGCCACCAAAGGCGACGCCGCGGCUGUACCCGCGCGUUCGUCUGUUGAAUCGAUUCUACGAGCCCUUGGUGCUCCUGUCGGUCCUGGGGCGGACGCGAGGGGAGCAUCUGCGAGCAAACCUGCCGCGGGGGUCGAACCUCGACCAAUGGUCGAUCAAGCACGUCCGGCGCCUGUUCCUCUUCAAGGCGGCGUACCUGUGCGACUUCCGGAAGGGAGGCGACACCGUCACCGCCAUGGCGAUCGAGGGCCGGCCGGAAGGCAAGAUCAUUUGGGUAGCGUCGAACACAUCUCCGGAGCCGAAGAUCAUUCCCUUUAUGCAGGAGCUGCUGUCGAGGCUUUCCCGCGCGGACGAGACAGACGCGGACGUGGAAAGGAGGGUGGACGACGCCGCCAAGUUCUGCAUCGGGUUCGCGAGCCAUCGGAUCAAGAAUUACGCGAGCUUCAUCUGCUCCAAGAUCGAAAAGUGCAAGAGCCUGUUCGAAAGGCGUCCGCUGCAAAAUUCCAAGUACAUGCCGCUCUUUCGCUGGCUCGAAAACUUCAUGAGGCUCAGGGACUCGUAUUUUAAACUCUGCAGAUUCGCAUACGAUCAGCGGAGGUGCGGAGAGAUGAAGCUGCUCGAAGAGUUGUGCAAAGAGCCCGACUUCCACCCCGAUCAAGACUCUUUUCACUUCCACUUCAAAAUGCUGAGGCACUACGUUGGUCGUCUUGGCCAUCAUAUAAAGGCCGUAAAGAUGCUUGUGCUCUGCAUGCCCCGGCUCUCGAAUUUGUUCGACGGUAUCAAGAUCCGUCCCAUACCCACGCCGUCGAGUUUUGAAGUUCCACUGACCGAUGACAUGACUAAUAUAGACCGCAUUGUUAUAAGACUUCUACCUUCUGGAUCCGAACAGGUCGCACAUUACCAAAGAACGCUCCAGGAAAUGGAUACGAAAUUCAAAGUAAUGGAUCGUUUCAUGGAGAAAUAUCAAGAUCCCAACUUGAAACCGCGCGUCCACGCCGAAGUUCAGGUUGCGGCCUUUUUUGAGAACAGACAACUCAGAUUCGAGGAUUCGGACCCCUUCAUCGCGUCCAGUAAACCGUCGUGCUAUUGCUGUUUUCUCUAUUUUCGACGUCACCAUCCCAACUUUGUGACACCGCCUGCCCACCAGAAUAUUCAUCUGAACUGGGGGCUUCCGGACUUCCAAGACGACAUCAAGCAGAGGGACAUACUGAACAGUAUGAUUCCCGAUAUCCGUAGAGACCUGUUAGAUCAGAUCGAUCAAAAGCAGCCGAACCUAUUUAUGCAUCCCGACUCCACAACUGGGAUCACGGAGUCGUUAAUGGACUUGUCUGACGAGGCUAUGUCGGUUCUCGACUCGGAUGACUCAUCGGUCUUUGAUAGAAACUCAGGCAGGUGUUCUGCAGAUGAAUCGUCAAGAAGCCUUCUCACGGAUAUAGUAGACAGCGAAAGUAUUGAAACCUCGUCCCGCCCAUUGAAUGACGAUGAAGAUAUCACAGCGACGGCAGAUUGGCUUGGUCAACUGCAAGUGAACGAUGAUGACGGCGCGUCGGAUGAUAAUUGGCAAGACUCAUCUGACGGCGGCGGCGUACCACUUUAGAAGUCCAACUUGCAUCUCUGUGUUCUACCUCCGGGCUCAGCUGUGAAAGACUUCAGGGACUACAAAACAGGUUGUGAGGGCUAGGCCAAGGCUUCCAGUGUUUGCGCCUUUAUAUAUGUGCUGCUAACUUCUCAUGCAGAUUUCUUGUCGUCCCGAAAGCGGCAGGAAAAUAGCUGGCACGCACCUGAAGAUUCUCACAGUGCGUAGUAAGGACUGGUUCAAGAUACUUUGAGAAAUGGACAGAUUUAACGGACACACGCCACGAGAUAAAAGAACAAGAUUGUAAUGCUUUAAAGAAACCUACCAAU